CGCGCCGCGUCCGGGGCCGGCUGGUGCGCGAGACGCCGCCGAGAGGUUGGUGGCUAAUGUAACAGUUUGCAAACCGCGGGGAGUUGUGAAGGGCUCGGGCUGGGGGCACUGCCGGCCUCGUGGGUACGUCCGUGCCGCGUCUGUCCCAGAGCUGGGGUCUCAGGAGCGGAGGCAAGAGGUAGCGGGGGUGUUCGGAGCUGCGGGCCGGCCACCCUUCCUAGGGGAGACAGCGUGCAAGCUCCGGGGGCGGGUCGGGACCGCGAGGGAGGGCCUCGCGGACGCCGGGCGCUCGGCCUCGCACCGAGGGCCCAGCAGCUCGGCCCCGGGUCUGCCGUUACGCGCUGGGGCAGGCCGGGAUCCGUUUCCGGGAGUAGGAGCCGCUGCCUUCGUCAGGUGAAGCUGAGGUGAACACCGGGUACCGGGUACCCGCCGGGCAGUGAACCUUACGGCCCGUGGCACAGGGGGCACAAUGGCAGCCACAGUCAGGAGGCAGAGGCAGAGGAGGCGAGUCUGUUGGGCCUUGGUGGCUGUGCUCUUGGCAGACCUGUUGGCACUGAGUGAUACACUGGCAGUGAUGUCUGUGGACCUGGGCAGUGAGUCCAUGAAGGUGGCCAUCGUCAAACCUGGAGUGCCCAUGGAAAUUGUCUUGAACAAGGAAUCCCGGAGGAAAACCCCGGUGAUUGUGACCCUGAAAGAAAAUGAAAGAUUCUUUGGAGACAGUGCAGCAAGCAUGGCCAUCAAGAAUCCAAAGGCUACACUGCGUUACUUCCAGCACCUCCUGGGGAAGCAGGCAGAUAACCCCCAUGUAGCUCUUUAUCAGGCCCGCUUCCCAGAGCAUGAGCUGACCUUCGACCCACAGAGGCAGACUGUACACUUCCAGAUCAGCCCGCAGCUGCAGUUCUCACCUGAGGAAGUGUUGGGCAUGGUUCUCAAUUACUCUCGUUCUCUGGCUGAAGAUUUUGCAGAGCAGCCCAUCAAGGAUGCAGUGAUCACCGUGCCAGUCUUCUUCAACCAGGCUGAGCGCCGAGCUGUGUUGCAGGCUGCUCGAAUGGCUGGCCUCAAAGUGCUGCAGCUCAUCAAUGACAACACUGCCACCGCCCUCAGCUACGGUGUCUUCCGCCGGAAAGAUAUCAACACUACUGCCCAGAAUAUCAUGUUCUAUGACAUGGGCUCAGGCAGCACCGUCUGUACCAUUGUGACCUACCAGACAGUGAAGACUAAGGAAGCUGGGAUGCAGCCACAGCUGCAGAUCCGGGGAGUAGGAUUUGACCGUACCCUGGGGGGCCUGGAGAUGGAGCUCCGGCUUCGAGAACACCUGGCUGGGCUUUUCAAUGAGCAGCACAAGGGCCAGAGAACAAAGGAUGUGCGGGAGAACCCACGUGCCAUGGCCAAGCUGCUGCGUGAGGCUAAUCGGCUCAAAACUGUCCUCAGUGCCAAUGCUGACCACAUGGCACAGAUCGAAGGCCUGAUAGAUGAUGUGGACUUCAAGGCAAAAGUGACUCGUGUGGAAUUUGAGGAGUUGUGUGCAGACUUGUUUGAGCGGGUGCCUGGGCCUGUACAGCAGGCCCUCCAGAGUGCUGAAAUGAGUCUGGAUGAAAUUGAGCAGGUGAUUCUAGUGGGUGGGGCCACUCGGGUCCCCAAAGUUCAGGAAGUGUUGCUGAAGGCCGUGGGCAAGGAGGAGCUGGGGAAGAACAUCAAUGCAGAUGAAGCAGCCGCCAUGGGGGCAGUGUACCAGGCAGCUGUGCUCAGUAAAGCCUUCAAGGUGAAGCCAUUUGUUGUCCGAGAUGCAGUGGUCUACCCCAUCCUGGUAGAGUUCACAAGAGAGGUGGAAGAGGAGCCUGGGGUUCAUAGCCUGAAGCACAAUAAACGGGUACUCUUCUCUCGGAUGGGGCCCUACCCUCAACGCAAAGUCAUCACCUUUAAUCGCUACAGCCAUGAUUUCAACUUCCACAUCAACUAUGGUGACCUGGGCUUCCUGGGGCCUGAAGAUCUUCGGGUAUUCGGCUCCCAGAAUCUGACCACAGUGAAGCUAAAAGGGGUGGGUGACAGCUUCAAGAAGUAUACUGACUACGAGUCCAAGGGCAUCAAGGCUCACUUCAACCUGGAUGAGAGUGGCGUGCUCAGUCUAGACAGGGUGGAGUCUGUAUUUGAGACACUGGUGGAGGACAGCCCAGAAGAGGAAUCUACUCUCACCAAACUUGGCAACACCAUUUCCAGCCUGUUUGGAGGCGGUACCACACCAGAUGCCAAAGAGAAUGGUACUGAUACUGUCCAGGAGGAAGAGGAGAGCCCUGCAGAGGGGAGCAAGGAUGAGCCUGGGGAGCAGCUGGAGCUCAAGGAGGAAGCUGAGGCCCCAGUGAAGGAUGCCUCUCAGCCCCCGCCCCCUGAACCUAAGGGAGAUGCAGCCCCUGAGGGAGAAAAGGCCACAGAAAAAGAAAAUGGAGACAAGUCUGAGGCCCAGAAGCCAAGUGAGAAGGCAGAGGCAGGGCCUGAGGGCAUCCCUCCAGCCCCAGAAGGGGAGAAGAAGCAGAAGCCCGCCAGGAAGCAGCGAAUGGUAGAGGAGAUCGGGGUGGAGCUGGUUGUUCUGGACCUGCCUGACUUGCCAGAGGAUAAGCUGGCUCGGUCAGUGCAGAAACUUCAGGACUUGACACUCCGAGACCUAGAGAAGCAGGAACGAGAGAAAGCUGCCAACAGCUUGGAAGCAUUCAUCUUCGAGACCCAGGACAAGCUGUACCAGCCCGAGUACCAAGAAGUGUCCACAGAGGAGCAGCGUGAGGAGAUCUCUGGGAAACUCAGUGCCACAUCCACCUGGCUGGAGGAUGAGGGUUUUGGAGCCACCACAGUGAUGUUGAAGGAGAAGCUGGCUGAGCUGAGGAAGCUGUGCCAAGGGCUGUUUUUUCGGGUGGAGGAGCGCAAGAAGUGGCCUGAACGGCUGUCUGCCCUCGAUAAUCUCCUCAACCAUUCCAGCAUGUUCCUCAAGGGGGCCCGGCUCAUUCCAGAGAUGGACCAGAUCUUCACCGAGGUGGAGAUGACAACAUUAGAGAAAGUCAUCAAUGAGACCUGGGCCUGGAAGAAUGCAACUCUGGCCGAGCAGGCCAAGCUGCCCGCCACAGAGAAGCCCGUGUUGCUCUCAAAAGACAUUGAGGCCAAGAUGAUGGCCCUGGACCGAGAGGUGCAGUAUCUUCUCAAUAAGGCCAAGUUCACUAAGCCCCGGCCCCGGCCCAAGGACAAGAAUGAGACCCGGGCAGAACCUCCCCUCAAUGCCAGUGCCAGUGACCAGGGAGAGAAGGUCAUCCCUCCAGCAGGCCAGACUGAAGAUGCAGAGCCCAUUUCAGAACCUGAGAAAGUAGAGACUGGAUCUGAACCAGGAGACACUGAGCCUCUGGAGUUAGGAGGUCCUGGAGCAGAACCUGAGCAGAGAGAACAAUCGACAGGACAGAAGCGGCCUUUGAAGAACGAUGAACUAUAACCCCCACCUCCGUUUUCCCAUUCAUCUCUACCCGCUUCUCCCACCACCUCUAUUUAUUAAACAUCGAGAGUCAGGGGAGGGGUUGGUCCUGCCCUCUGCUAGAGUUCCUUUUCUCACACCUAUGAUUGGAGAUGUGGAGAAGGAGAGGGGAGGGACAGCUCACUGGUUCCUUUUGCAGUAGCUAAAACUGUGGCUAAAAACUGAAAUUGUUCAGUUUUCCAGUCCCACUGUUCUCUACCCAUGUAGGCCCUAAAUUUGGGGAAAAAUCACUAUUAUGUCUUAAUUCUUUGCCUGUGGGUAAGGAGAGAACGGCUGCCAGUGGUUGAUGGGUCCUGGGGAUGGGAAGGGGGUAUCUGGGGUUACUGCGGAGUUUCCACUCUUCUCUGGUCAUCCUUCUUUCCCUACCUCCCUCUCCCACCAUGUGAUCAGCGUUCUUUUGGGCCAGUGUCUGCAGAUCCUUAUUUACCAGGUUUGGUUUCUGAGUGCAUAUCUGUGCUCUUUCCUCCCUCUGUGGGCUUCUCUCCCUGAAUCCCCUUCCCCAUACCCAUCCAGCUCUCCCACUGGGUUUCCUUGGCUUCCUGCUGCGAGUUGGGCAGUUCUCUGUCCCUUGCCUAAAAGCCCGUCCCUCUGGAUUGGCCAAAGUAAAUCUAGAAGGAUUGUCACUCGCAUUUCCAACUCCUAGUGGCCAGAGGAGGCAGGGACACAGUGAAGAAGGGAGCCCACCACCUCUCCAAGGAGGAAAGCCAGGUAGAAUUGUUGGUAUGGGAUGCCAGCAUCCUGCAAGCUCUGUCAUAAUCUGCAUCUUCCCAGGAGCCUGGUACCCCAGGUUCCUGUGACUCCUUGCCACCUUCUCUCUCCUGUUCUGCUCCUUCCAGACGGCCUUUCUCACCCCUUGCCUCCCCUGGGCUGACCAAACUGUGCUUUCUACUGUGAGCCCCUAUCCCAAGAUAUCCUGGGGGACAGAGAGACCAUGGUGUGAAUGUAGAGAUGCCACCUCCCUCUCUCUGAGGCAGGCCUGUGGAUGAAGGAGGAAGGCCAGGACGCCUAGGGAGCCUGUCCUCAGUACUCUGUCUGUAGCAGGAGCUAGGGCUGCUGCCCCAGCACUAAGACAAGAACGAACCUGGCUGAGGCAGUCAUUUUGUCUUUUUCUUUUUUUUCCCUCCCCAACGUUGGCAGAGAUGGGACCUACGGGCCCCACCCCUCCACCUCUUCUGUAUGUUUGAAUUCUUUCAAUAACAGUUGAUGCUGAUUGGACAGGUUUGAGUCAGAUUGUACUUCGCUCCAUUGUUAAUUGAGAAACUGUUUCAAUAAAAUAUUCUUUUCUACA